AUGGCUGAAUUCUUGCUACCUGGUACCAACAACUUCCGUAGGUUCACUCAGGAAUCCUUGGCAGCCAUCAAAAAGAGAAUUGCUGCCAAAAAGAUUUGUAAAAGAAAUGCUACAGAGCAGAAAUCUAAGGAGAAAUCACGUCCUCAGCUUGACCUAAAAGCUUUCCAGAAGUUGCCAGCUCUAUAUGGAAAUCCUCCUCCAGAGCUCAUUGGAGAACCACUGGAGGAUCUCGACCCGUACUACAAAGAUCAUAAGGUUUUCAUAGUGCUAAACAAGCAGAAAACAAUCUACAGAUUUACUGCUACACGUGCCCUGUGGAUCUUCAGUCCCUUCCAUCCAAUACGAAGAAGAGCAAUUAAAAUUUUAGUGCAUUCAUUGUUCACCUGGUUUAUCAUGUGCACCAUUAUAACUAAUUGUGUAUUCAUGGCACUGUCUGAGUCAUCUAAAUCUUCAUCUUCAUGGAACACAUAUGUUGAAUUUACUUUCACUGGCAUUUACACUUUUGAAUCAUUGAUAAAAAUAUUGGCGACAGGAUUCUGUCUAAAUGAAUUCACUUUCCUUCGGGAUCCCUGGAACUGGUUGGAUUUCACCGUUAUCGUCAUGGCGUAUGUGGGAGCAUUUAGUGACCUGGGGAGUGUGUCAGUCCUCCGGACUUUCAGGGUUCUCAGAGCUUUAAAAACCAUUUCAGUAGUCCCAGGGCUCAAGAUCAUUGUAGGGGCACUUAUCCAGUCUGUUAAGAAACUUGCUGAUGUGAUGAUCCUGACCGUUUUCUGCCUGAGUGUUUUUGCCCUCAUAGGCCUCCAGAUUUUUAAGGGCAAUCUCAGGCAAAAGUGCAUCAGGAACACUACAGAGUUUUGUAAUAAAACAUGGGAAAGUUAUGAAAAGUUUGCUAAUGAUUCAGAUGACUUUGCUAUAAAAAAUGGUACUGUGGAUAUUUUGCUGUGUGGUCCUGGUGCUGGGGUCUGUCCUCCUGGAUAUAAAUGCUGUAAAAUUGGGCCAAACCCUGAUUAUGGUUUCACCAGUUUUGAUACAUUUGGCUGGGCUUUUCUUUCCUUAUUCCGCCUGAUGACCCAGGACUACUGGGAGCGUCUGUACCAACAGACCCUCAGAGCUUCUGGGAAGGUGUAUGUAGUCUUCUUCAUGAUGGUCAUCUUUCUGGGCUCAUUUUAUCUAGUCAACUUGAUUCUGGCUGUAGUAACAAUGGCAUACGAGGACCAGAACAAGGCCACCAUUGCUGAAACUGAGGCAAAGGAAAGGAAAUUUCGGGAAGCUAUGGAAUUACUGCAGAAGGAGCAAGAGUCGCUGGGUAUUAAAGGGAUUGAUAUCCUAUCACUUAGCUCCUUUGAAGCCUCUUCUCUGUCAUCCAAAGAAAUCAAAGAAAGGAGCAAUAGGAAAAAGAGAAAUAAAUCAUUGGGGAGAGAAGAUAAUGAAGAAGAAGAAGAACUCCCCAAGUCACGGCUCCCAGAUAGUCAACGAAAGUUGCCAGCUGUGCAUGAUGAGAGCAGCACGAUGCAUUUACCUCCUCAUCUGUCAGUGGAGCACUUUAAUGAAGCUCUUCACAGACAAAGGGCAGCAAGUGUAGUCAGCAUAAUUACCAGUGUCUUGGAGGAACAUGUAGAAGCUCAGCAGAAAUGCCCACCACGCCUGAAGAACUUUGCUUUAAAGUACCUAAUUUGGGACUGUUGCCCAUUUUGGUUGAGAAUCAAGGAAAAAGUGUCUGCUUUCAUAAAGGAUCCUUUUUUUGAUCUCACCAUCACAGUUUGCAUUGUGAUGAACACUUUGUUCAUGGCACUGGAGCACAAUAAUAUGUCACCUACUUUUAAAUUCAUGCUUAAAAUAGGAAACCUGGUUUUUACAGGGAUCUUCACUGCAGAAAUGAUCUUAAAAAUCAUCGCUCUAGAUCCCUAUUACUAUUUUCAGCAGCCCUGGAAUAUUUUUGACAGUGUCAUUGUCACACUGAGUUUAGUUGAACUGAGUUUCCCCAAACACAAAAGCAAGAAAGAAAGGCGAAAAGGAGGAACCCUGUCAGUUUUACGAUCCUUCAGACUGCUGAGGGUCUUCAAACUGGCAAAGUCCUGGCCAACUUUAAACACUCUAAUUAAAAUAAUUUGUAACUCCCUGGGAGCACUCAGUAAUCUGACCCUCGUCCUGGCAAUCAUCAUUUUCAUUUUUGCUAUAGUAGGGGUGCAACUUUUUGGGAGAAAUUAUGUGCUCAACUGCUCUAAAAUAAGCAAAGACUGCAAGCCACGCUGGCACAUGAAGGACUUUUUCCAUUCAUUCCUCGUCAUUUUCCGAAUUCUGUGUGGAGAGUGGAUUGAGACCAUGUGGGACUGCAUGGUGGUUGCUGAACCAUCCCUGUGUCUGGUUGUCUUUCUGCUGGUGAUGGUGAUAGGAAAUUUGGUGGUUCUCAACCUUUUCAUUGCACUGCUGCUGAGCUCUUUUAGUGCUGACAGUCUCCAGACAACAGAGGAUGAUGGAGAGAUGAACAAUCUUCGGAUUGCCUUCGCUCGGAUCCGCAAGGGAUUCCACUUUGUCAAGAGCGCGACGUGGGAUGCCUGUUGUAGGAAGCUCAGGCAGAUAAAGACAGUGCACAGGAAGAAAAUCAAAUUGACUGCACAAAACUCACUUGGGUUCAAGAGUGAAGAGACAAAGAGUUGUAAAGAGAAUUACAAUAAUGAAUGGAUUGAGAAAAACGGGGAUAAGUGCCCAGGUCUUGAAGAUUUUGUUAGAAAUCCCAACAUAUUUGUUUGUGUCCCUAUUGCUGAGGCAGAGAAUACGAGUGAGGGUUUCGAAGAUGAUGAUAAACUGAGCACAUUUACUGACACAGAAUGCAGCAAACAGUUGGACAGUGUCAGCUCUUCUGAAGCCAGCACAGUGGAUCUGGCAAACCCAGAAGAUGUUUUAAAACAGAUUCCAGAAUUUUCUGAAGACUUCAAGACUCCAGAACAAUGUUUUCCAGAAGGUUGUGCUCGGUACAUUCAUUGUUGCCUGGGCAGUGCUGAAAAGUUUGGAGGAGAAACCUGGUGGAACCUGAGAAAAACCUGCUACCAGAUUGUUGAACAUUCCUGGUUUGAAUCCUUUAUCGUGUUCAUGAUUCUUCUGAGCAGUGGAGCCCUGGCAUUUGAAGACAUCCAUAUACAUAAGAGAGAAAGAAUUCAAGCGAUAUUGUUAUUUCUUGACAAAAUGUUCACUUUCAUUUUUGUCCUGGAGAUGCUCCUGAAGUGGGUGGCUUAUGGCUUCAAGAAGUAUUUCACCAAUGCCUGGUGCUGGCUGGACUUCCUCAUUGUAGGCGUCUCUUUGGUAAACCUCUUUGGCAGUACCUUUGGCCCCAUGAAAUCUCUUAGGACUCUGCGAGCUCUGAGGCCCUUGAGAGCGCUGUCACGGUUUGAGGGGAUGAGGGUUGUGGUCAAUGCCCUCCUGGGAGCAAUCCCUUCCAUCAUGAAUGUUCUCCUCGUCUGCCUCAUCUUCUGGCUCAUCUUCAGCAUCAUGGGAGUGAACCUCUUUGCUGGGAAGUUUGGGAAAUGUGUCAAUAUGACAGAUGAGAAUUCCAAAUUAAGCAGUGAGAUCGAUAACAAAACAGACUGUGGGAUGUAUAACAACACUGGAAAAAUAUUCUGGGUCAACGUUAAAGUCAAUUUUGAUAAUGUUGGCUCUGGCUACCUGGCUCUUCUUCAGGUGGCAACAUUUAAGGGUUGGAUGGACAUCAUGUAUGCUGCAGUAGAUUCACGAGAGAAAGAUGAUCAGCCAAAGAUGGAGAACAGUCUGUAUAUGUAUCUCUACUUUGUGAAUUUCAUCAUCUUUGGAUCUUUUUUCACCCUGAAUCUCUUUGUUGGCGUAAUCAUUGACAACUUCAACCAGCAAAAGAAAAAGAUAAGUGGGGAAGAUAUCUUUAUGACAGAAGAACAGAAAAAAUACUACAAUGCAAUGAAAAAGCUGGGAUCCAAGAAGCCUCAAAAACCCAUUCCAAGACCCUUGAACAGAUACCAAGGUUUUCUUUUCGACAUUUUAACAUCCCAAAUGUUUGAUGUUGUCAUCAUGGGUCUCAUCUGCCUCAACAUGAUCACUAUGAUGGUGGAAACCUAUGAGCAAAGUGAAACGAAGACAAACAUCCUCAGCAAAAUCAAUAUACUCUUCGUUACCAUCUUUACUGCAGAAUGUGUGCUGAAAUUGCUGGCUCUGAGGCAGUACUAUUUCUCAAAUGCCUGGAACAUAUUUGAUUUAGUUGUUGUUAUUAUGUCACUUGUUGCCUUACUGCUUUCCAGCAUUGGCAAAGCCUUUGAACAUUUCUUACCACCCACACUGUUCAGAGUCAUUCGUUUGGCCCGGAUUGGCCGGAUCCUGAGACUCAUCCGGGCAGCCAAAGGAAUUCGAACUCUGCUCUUUGCCUUAAUGAUGUCCCUACCUGCCCUGUUCAACAUUGGCCUCUUGCUGUUUCUGGUCAUGUUCAUUUAUGCCAUUUUUGGCAUGGCUAACUUUGCCUAUGUGAAGAUGGAAGAUGGCAUUGACGACAUGUUCAACUUCCAAACCUUUGCUAACAGCAUGCUCUGUCUCUUCCAAAUCACCACAUCAGCUGGCUGGGAUGGUCUUCUCAGUCCUAUUUUAAACACUGGGCCACCAUUCUGUGAUCCAAACAUAAAUGGUACCAUCGGUGAAUGUGGCAAACCUGCCAUAGGUAUUAUUUAUUUUGUAAGUUACAUCAUUAUAUCAUUUCUCAUUGUUGUAAACAUGUAUAUAGCCGUAAUUCUGGAGAACUUCAAUGCUGCCACUGAGGAAAGUACAGAGCCUUUAGGGGAAGAUGACUUUGAUAUCUUUUAUGAAAUCUGGGAGAAGUUUGAUCCUGAAGCAACCCAGUUUAUAACUUUCUCUGCACUUUCAGACUUUGCAGAUGCUCUGCCUAAGCCUUUGCGUGUACCAAAACCAAACAAAGUUGAACUCACAGCAAUGGACCUGCCUGUGGUCAGUGGGGACAAGAUACACUGCUUGGAUAUCUUGUUUGCUUUCACCAAGAGGGUGUUGGGAGAUUCUGAGGACCUGGAUACUCUGAAACUACAAAUGGAGGAGAAAUUCAUGGCUGCCAAUCCGUCAAAACAAUCCUACGAGCCAAUAUCGACUACGCUCAGCCACAGGCAGGAGGAAGCGUCGGCCACGGUGAUCCAGCGAGCCUACAGGAGUCACCUGCUCCAGCGCUCCCUCAGACAGGCUUCCCACCUGUACCAGCGCAGAACUUGCAGCUCUGACACUCUGGGAGAUGCUGCUCCAGAAAACAAAGGACUCAUUGCAUCUAUGCUGCGUGCAUAUUAUGGUAGGAGUCCUAACAGGUCUGAAACUUUGUCCUCAGUGUCCAUCCCUCCAUCGUAUGACAGCGUCACAAGAGAGAGUAGUGGCAAUCUUGUGGUUGAAAAUGGAGAAAUAACGGGCAAUCAACCAUCUCCAGACAUUAAGUAG